AUGGUGUGGACCUAUAAACCAAAGACUGAACGAUGCAAUAUAAACGAAGAAAAUAUGAAGACUGCUAUAUCCGACGUUAUAUUGAAAAAAUUAUCUACACGUGUAGUAGCUGGUAAGUAUAACAUCAAAACAGCAACAUUGCAAUAUCGUAUCGAGAAAUUUCUGAAAUCUUUUAAAAAUAAUCAAGCAUCAUCGUCUAAAUCAUACAGUUCUAAACACACUGUUGCUCAAGUAUUUUCAAAACAAGAAAAGAAGAUGCUUACAAAAUAUUAUUUAACUGUAACAAAAUGCACGACGGAUUUAAGAACAUUACGGCAACUUUUGGUUUUGGCCUAUGAAUUUGCCAAAUACUCAGUUGUCAAAUAUCCAGAAUCAUCAAAGAAAAAUAAACGUGCUGGGAAAAACUGGUCAAGAGGGUUUGGAAUGAGGAACCAGGAGCUAAGUCUCAGAAACCCAGAAAAUACAAGCGCAGCAUGA